UGAGCGUGUGAACAGCAAAAGAUGAGAUGGCAGAAGCUCAUUUAGCCGACAGCGGAUCGGAAACGCAGGGUGCAGCGGUUUUCCCUUAUGAGGAGUAUGAAUGCAAAAUAUGUUAUAAUUAUUUCGACCUUGGUCGCCGCGCGCCAAAGAUUCUGGAAUGCUUGCACACGUUUUGUGAGGAGUGUCUGCACACUCUGCACCUCCGCGAUGACCGACCGUGGCGCGUCAGCUGCCCUGUGUGUCGCCACAGGACUCCGGUGCCGGACUACCGGAUACAAAAUCUGCCCAACAACACGAAAGUGACGGAAGCUUUCCCUCUCUACAUCGACUCAGACCCUCUUCCCCAGGAUAGCUUACCCCCGUAUCCGCCGCCUCUACACCCCGCUCUCAUUGCCCUACGGCGCGAGGAAGCGACUGGAGCGGCUCUGAGCCAGGCGACCCCCUCUACAACUGUGUCCACCGCCACGACAGUGUCUCAAGAUUCUGUGCGGUACGAGAGCUGCCAAAACUGCAAGCGCGUCGCCCUGACCACGGGCUGCGUCUGUGUUAUCUUCUCUUUUCUGUCCAUGCUUGUCUUGCUGUUCAUGGGCCUUAUCUUCGUGCAAAAUCACAACAGCCCUCCCUCGCCAGCGGGCCCAAUUUGCCUGUCUGUCGCGAGCAUCUUGGCCAUGUUUUCCGUGGUCGUCACGUGGCUGAUUUGCUGGUUGAAAUACAGACCUGAGCACGAGACCGGCCGGUCGUCUACAGCGAACUCCAGCAGACGGAACGCCUAAGCUCUUCUGUCUGAUAAAGAGUGUUUUACAGGCCUCUCGCUCCCGAGAAUUUAAUCUCGCAGCUCGGUGAGGUCUUCAGUAGGCUACCGCGUCGAGACGUAUAAUCGUACGGAAUGGAAAAGAUUUUCAAAGGCUAUAUGGCUAAAUUCCAUUUGUUGUAAUAGGCUAUAAACUUUUAUGUCGAGACAGGUAAUUUUAUACACGUUUAAAUUAUAAUCAAUAGAUGUAUGUAAUAUGUGGUUUACAGUGUGAAUUUUGAUAUUCUCCCACGUCAGAUAAUCAAGAAACAUGCCAAUAAAAUCAGUAUUUGUCCUUGUCGUUGUAUUGCAACAUAUAUUUCCACAUUUAAUAUUGGACUUAAUAUAGGCUAUUAUCCGUGUCCUGUGUAUGGCAUUGCUGUGUGUGUUUGUAUUGAACAUUACUUUAGCUAAUUUUCAUUUUAAAACCGGAAAUGAAUAUAUUAUAUCACACAUGACGUAUUUAUUGGAGUUCUGAGAUCAGGAUCGCGGCUGAUGGGGAGAUGGGUUAUGACAGCAAAGAGCGCCUGGAGACGUAGCCUGCAUUUUGUGAUCAUUGAGCAUUUCAACUUGUUGUUUGCAUUAGAAUGUGAACGCUGAUUUUCAUCGAUGCCUCUCAUCGUUUAAUAGUUUUUAAACAAACCCAACUAUUUAGCCUUCAGAUAAGUUUGUGAAAAAUGUACUCAAUCUGUAUCACUUCUGAGGCAGGAAGGAGAGGCAGGUGUGCAGUCUGCGCCUCCUGCUGGUGUUUUAUGUUAUUGCGUCUACAUUUUCGAAAAACGGAAAGUGUUCACUAAACGGAAAGUACUCCCAGUAAAUGUAACGCUGUAAUCGUGUCAUUGGCGAAUAUUCACUGACUCUUUGUAAUCCGGUCUAUAUAUUGAAGACACUAGUGAAUGCACAGAAGACACGCAUCAUUUAUUUUUUUAAAUUCUGAUCAAGGGAACUGCUAUUUCCGCUGUAUGUUCGUAUGUCAAGCAUACCCACAGGUUUGCUACAUAUUUCUGUUAAAUUAUUUAAUGUAUUUCAUAGUAUAUGGGCCUGAGUGUCUUAUUUUUCACCGGUGAAUGCAGCAGACCUCCUUAUGCCCUUUGCACGCGAGUGCUGACUAUUACCACAUUAAACUAAAAACAAGUAACGAACGGCCAUUUGACAUUUAAGCGAUGCUUAAUAGUGCAUAGUAAUAUAGACAGGCGUGUACUCGUGUAGCUUUCCACAGAGCCACGCAAAGGUUUUCACAAUAUUUAUUUCGCAGGAAUUGUGACUGGAAGCUUCUACAAACGGGCAUCGCUUAAAUGUCAAAUGGCCGUUCGUUAGUUACUCGUUUAGAAAGUGUGGCAGUUGUGAGAGUAGCACAUGUGAAAUGCACACUAAGCUGUAAAGAUUUGUGUGAUGUUUACAUACAUAAUCAAAUUUAAGUAAUAAAGAGAACCUGAAAAUCUUUUCAAUUUU